GUCCAUAAUUGUUUGACAGCUGUCAACCAGUGAGGUAUUCGUGAAUUGGUUUUCUGCAAUCUUGUACAAGGCAAAAAUACGAUGGCCGCCGUUAAUAAAUUAUCCAUUUUGAGCCGUGCUAUGUGCACUGGUGCCCAAGCCGUCAAGCCACCAAUCCAAGUUUUCGGUUUGGAGGGCCGUUAUGCCACCGCCUUGUAUUCUGCUGCCACCAAAAUGAAGCAAUUGGACCAAGUAGAAAAGGAUUUGCUUGCUUUCCAAGCAACCCUCAAGCAGGAUAAAAAAUUGCGCGAAUCCGUAGUCAGUCCCAUCGUUAACAAGAAAGUUAUGGGUACUGCCUUGAAGGAAAGUGCCAGCAAAUUGCGUUGGUCCCAAGCCACCGGUAAUUUGUUGGACCUCAUGGCCAACAAUGGUCGCUUGAGUGCUUUGGAUGGUGUCAUCAAUGCUUUCAGCGUCAUUAUGGCUGCCCAUCGUGGUGAAGUUGUUUGCGAAGUCGUUUCUGCCAAACCCUUGGAUUCAGCUCAAAGCAAACAAUUGGAAGGUGCUUUGAAGUCUUUCUUGAAGAGCAACCAAAGCUUGAAGAUUACCUCCCGUGUUGAUCCCAGCAUUAUUGGUGGACUUAUUGUAUCUAUUGGUGAUAAAUACGUAGACAUGAGCAUUGCCAGCAAGGUCAAGAUGUACACUGAUGUCAUCUCCUCUGCCGCUUAAGCGCUCUAUGAAGCGAUCCAGGCUUAAAUCCUAAAAUUCUCUUAGGUUCUUUUUCAUUUAUUAGUUAAAAAAUACAUACUACCUUUAAUUUUAACUUUCCGAAUUGUAUAAUUUUAAAUGCGUUCUAAAUGCCCUAAAACGUCAUAGUUUUCAUAACAACAACAACAAAACAGACUCUUGGAUGAAAUGUGUUACAAACAUCAACAAACAAAAACAAUAAAAUGAUGGAAGUUGUAAAACAAGUCAACGAA